AUGGCACUAAGUCGAAUGUUAAAAUUAAAUGGAAUUUGUGGUUUCAAAAAUUGUAGCCUGCUGCAGCCACCAAAGUCUUUCAGAACAAACGUGAGACAUUUUAAACGUACCCGAGCAGAGGAACCAAGGCCCGAUUUAGAUUCCUCCCCUUUUGGAAAUAUCUCAGUGAAUGUAAACAACAUCUCGUUGAACAGUUUAUGGAAACCAUUAGGAUUCACAAUUCUUUUUAGCUCAGCAUGUUUCGGUGGAGCUGUCAUCUGGCAUUAUGAAAAUAUGAGGUCGAAAGCUUUGGAAAUGCUUAAAAGACCAAUGGGAUUUGUUCAGAAACAGGUAGAUGAUGCUUUGGGUGAAAUUCGUAGAGAAAUUAAUAGAUUAUGGAAUAGUUUAAGUACAGGAGAGAAAGUGUUUGUGCCAAUAUUUUUCCUAAAUAUCUUGGUAUUCGCGGCGUGGCGAGUGCCCAGGUUCCAACCAACUAUGCUCAAAUAUUUCUGCUCCAACCCAGGAAGCAAAAAUGUUUGCUUACCAAUGUUACUAUCAACAUUCAGUCAUUACUCAUUUUUCCAUUUGAUGGCAAAUAUGUAUGUACUACAUAGCUUUAGUACAGGUGCUGUAGCUACCUUAGGCAAAGAACAAUUCCUAGGUCUAUAUCUUAGUGCUGGAGUAAUCUCUAGUUUUACCAGUUAUUUAUAUAAAACUGUAACAAGACAACCAGGACUUUCUUUGGGAGCUUCUGGUGCUAUUAUGGCAAUAUUAGGAUACGUUUGCACGCAAUAUCCGGAUACAAAAUUGGGCAUUAUUUUGUUACCAUUUUUAACGUUCUCUGCAGGAGCUGCAAUCAAAGUUAUAGUCGGCAUUGACACAGCAGGAGUCCUUAUGGGAUGGAAGCUCUUUGACCAUGCAGCUCACUUAGGUGGUGCAGCUUGCGGAAUUGGCUGGGCUUAUUGGGGAAACGAGCACAUGUGGAAGAAACGCGAUCCGAUCCUGCAAUAUUGGCAUGAUCUGCGCGGCUCGAUCAAGUGAUGUAGAUCCAACGAGUAUUGAUGUUAUGUAUAAAAUUAUUGUUGGAAAAAUAAAUUGUUUUAUUUAUU